GUUUCCUUCGUUCCGUCCCCUCACACAUCAUUCCAAACGGUUUGAAUUUUUCCUACCGCUUAAAUCAAAGAGCGUUGAGCCGCAUUUGGCCCAGCGUGUACGUAUUGCUCGUUGGGAGGUGGGAGCCUGUGGCAGUGGCAGGCGGCUGCGGUUCGUCAGGCACCAGCUCGCACACCUCAGCGCAGUCGGCCGGUCUCCCCCCGCGGAUGGACGCGAGUGGCCCAAGCCGAGCAGCAGGCGACAUUUUCGGAUAAAGCCAGACGACCAGCAGCCCCAGAAUGAGCUCGGACGGCGACGGCGGCGGUGGGCGGCCCCCCAAGGUGGGCUCCCUGGUGGAGGUGAUCGGCAAGGGCCAGCGAGGCACGGUGGCCUACAUCGGCACCACCCUCUUCGCUUCGGGCAAGUGGGUGGGCGUCAUCCUGGGCGAGGCCAAGGGCAAGAACGACGGCACCGUGCAGGGCAAGCGCUACUUCACCUGCGAAGACGGCCACGGCAUUUUUGUCAGACAGUCGCAGAUCCAACUGGUGGACGACGGCGCCGACACCACGUCCCCAGAGACGCCCGAGCCCAGCGCCACCAAGGUGCCCAAGCGAGACAUCCAGGACACGUCAAAGUCCACCAAACUGCGAGGAGUCAAGGCCAAAAAGACGCCGGCUCCUCGGAAGACCGUGGCCAGAAGGCCCAAGCAGCCGAGCCGUUCCGGCGGCAAGGGGCCGUCGUCCGGCUCGGCCUCGGCUUCGGCCUCGGCCGGCGAGAUGAGCGGCAGCGAGGGCGGCACGCCCGCCCAGACGCCGCUGGCCGCCCCGGUCAUCCCGAGUCUGCACUCGCCCGGGAACCCGCCGCUGCCCGUGCCCAGCAAGGAGGAGGAGGCUCUGCGCGCUCAGGUGAAGGACCUGGAGGAGAAGUUGGAGACGCUGAAGGUGAAGCGCAGCGAGGACAAGUCCAAGCUGAAGGAGCUGGAGAAGCACAAAAUCCAACUGGAGCAGCUGCAGGAGUGGAGGACCAAGAUGCAGGAGCAGCAGGCCGAGCUGCAGAAGCAACUCAAGGAGGCCAAACGGGAGGCCAAGGAAGCCCUGGAGGCCAAGGAGCACUACAUGGAGGAGAUGUCGGACACGGCCGACGCUAUCGAGAUGGCCACGCUGGACAAGGAGAUGGCCGAGGAGCGCGCCGAGUCCCUGCAGCUGGAGGUGGACUCCCUGAAGGAGAAGGUGGAGGAGCUCACCGUGGACCUGGAGAUCCUCAAGCACGAGAUCGAGGAGAAAGGUUCUGACGGCGCUGCAUCCAGUUAUCACGUCAAACAGCUGGAGGAGCAAAACAGCAGAUUGAAGGAAGCUCUGGUCAGGAUGCGAGACCUGUCGGCGUCGGAGAAGCAGGAGCACGUCAAGCUGCAGAAGCAAAUGGAGAAGAAGAACGUGGAGUUGGACGCCUUGAGGGGCCACAAGGAGAAGCUGCAAGAAGAAAUGUCGGCGGCCGAGAAGACCGUCGACGAGCUCAAAGAGCAGGUGGAUGCAGCUUUGGGGGCCGAGGAGAUGGUGGAGACCCUAACGGAGAGGAACUUGGAUCUGGAGGAGAAAGUCCGGGAGCUGAGGGAGACCGUCACCGACCUGGAGGCCAUCAACGAAAUGAACGACGAGCUCCAGGAGAACGCCCGCGAGACGGAGCUGGAGCUGAGGGAGAUGCUGGACCUGAGCGCCACGCGAGCGCGAGAGGCCGACAAGCGGGCGGAGGCCGCGCAGGAGACGGUGGCCGACUACCAGCAGACCAUCAACAAGUACCGCCAGCUCACCGCUCACCUGCAGGAAGUCAACCGAGAGCUGACCAGCCAGCAGGAAGCCUCCGCCGAGCUCCAGCAGCAGCAGCAGCCGCCCGCAGAGAUGUUCGACUUCAAGAUCAAGUUUGCCGAGACCAAGGCCCACGCUAAGGCCAUGGAGAUGGAGCUGCGCAAGAUGGAGGUGACGCAGGCCAACCGGCACGUUUCCCUGCUCACCUCCUUCAUGCCCGAGUCCUUCCUGCGCCGCGGCGGCGACCACGACUGCAUCCUGGUGCUGCUGCUCAUCCCCAGACUCGUCUGCAAGGCGGAGCUGAUCAGCAAACAGGCGCAGGAGAAAUUCGAUCUGAAGGAGAGCGGCGCCGAGCCGACGGGACUUCGGGGCUCGGCGGGCGAGCGUCUGAGUUUCGCCGGCGGACUGGUCUACUCGCUGACUCUGCUGCAGGCCGCCCUGCACAAAUACGAGCGAGCGCUGUGCGUGUGCGGCGUGGAGGCGUACAAGAAGAUGGGCUCUCUGUACCCGGAGAUGAGCGUCCACGAGCGCUCGCUGGACUUCCUCAUCCAGUUGCUGCACAAGGACCAGCUGGACGAGACGGUCAACGUGGAGGCGCUCACCAAGGCCAUCAAGUACUACCAGCAACUGUACAGCAUCCACCUGGCAGAGCAGGACGAGGACUGCACCAUGCAGCUGGCCGACCACAUCCGGUUCACGCAGAGCGCACUGGACUGCAUGCGGGUGGAGGCGGGCCGCCUGCGGGCCUUCCUGCACGCCGGCCAGGAGAAGGCCCAGCUGGCCGUGCUGCUCGAGGACCUGGAGACGUCCUGCGGGGACGUGCGGCAGUUCUGCAAGAAGAUCCGCCGCCGCAUGCCCGGCACCGACGCGCCCGGCAUCCCCUCGGCGCUCGCCUUCGGCCCGCAGGUGUCGGAGACGCUGCGCGAGUGCCGCAAGCAGCUGACGUGGGCGGUGGCGCUGCUGCAGGAGGUGGCGGCGGCCGGCGCGCAGAUGAUGUCGCCGCUGGCCGAGCAGGAGGGGCUGGCGGCCGGCAAGCUGGAGGACGUGGCCUUCAAGGCCGCCGAGCAGAUUUACGGGCAUGCGGGCGCGAACCCGUACGAGUGUCUGCGGCAGUCGUGCUGCGUCGUCAUAGCGACCAUGAACAAGAUGGCCACCGCCAUGCAGGAGGGAGAGUACGACGCCGAGCGGCCUCACCCAAAGGUCGCGCCUCCCGCCGAGCUGCGGGCGGCGGCGCUCCGCGCCGAAAUGACGGACGCGGAAGGUUUGGGGAUGAAGCUGGAAGACAGGGAGACGGUCAUCAAGGAGCUCAAGAAAUCGCUCAAGAUUAAGGGCGAAGAAUUGAGCGAGGCCAACGUCCGGCUGAGCCUGCUGGAGAAGAAGCUGGACAGUUCGUCCAAAGACGCCGACGAGCGCGUGGAGAAGAUCCAAACCCUUCUUGACGAAGCCCACAACCUCCUCAAGAAGAAAGAGAAGGACUUUGAGGAGACGAUGGACGCCCUGCAGGCCGACAUCGACCAGCUGGAGGCCGAGAAGGCCGAGCUCAAGCAACGCCUCGGUGGACAGGCUAAGACGGCCGGCGACAGCCCGCGGGGGAGCGGCCCGCUCGGGCUCUUGGAGGAGCAAAAAGCGAGCCUGUCGUGCGCGUCGGCCGCCGGCAUCCAGGUGGUGGACUCGCCGCUGUUGACGCGUCAGCUGGAAGCUCAGCGACUUUGCAUCAAGCAGCUGAAGAACCAAAACAACUGGCUGAAGGCGGAGAAGAUGCGCAGCCAGCUGGCGGCGCUGCCCCCGUUGCGCGUCACCAAGCUGCCGUCCGGGGACAGGCCCGCCCCGCUCUCCGGCGCCCUCUACAGGAAGACGGACCAACUACUGGAGACCCUGCUGCAGAUGAGCGCCAACGUCAAAGUGGUCGACAUCACUGGCAAAUGUCCCGUGACACCGAGCGCUCAGCUUCUGGAGCAGACGGCGCGUUUGCAGUCACUGCGAGACACGCUCGACAGGCUCAAGGGCGAGGUGGCCGAACACGUGGUCAAGCAGCAGCCGGGCGCCCGAGUGCCGUCCGAUUUCGCCACCUUCCCCGCCGCCUCCUUCGUCAAGGCCAAGGAGGAGAACGGGGCCUCCUGCGUGCUGGUGGGCCGCGUGCUGGUCCCGUGUUCUCGGGGUCAGGAGCAGGUCCACCGCGUGCUGCUGACGCAAAGUCAACUCCGCCAUGUCCACGGCCUCCUCCUGCGCAACUGAACCUCCUCGUCCGGAACGGACCCGACGGCUUCGUGGCACGUGUUACGCUUGGCUGCUUGUGCGUGUUUAUUAGACCGCACUACAAAUGUGGAUUUUUUUUGUUUUUGAUGUUGAAGCCAAGUUUGCACAUCAAAGCCGACUCACUCAAAGCUCAGCCACCGAGCUCCGAGUGUCGUCGACGGGUUGCAAGAGAAAUACUGGAGGAAUCACAGAAAGGUAUCCAAGCGGACGUCCUCAUGCAUUUUGCACUUUGUAAAAAAAAAAAAAAACGGAAUUCAUUGAAUGGAAAGGCAGCACGCUAAACAGGUUUGCGGUUCUAAUCUCAGCUGUGGCCAUCCUGUGUGGCCGCUCUAAAAUUAUUUUGUUGUUUUAAAUGUGAUGCUUUUCAUGUUGCGGUUUUCUGUACGUGUCGUGUGCGAGACGCUGAUCAAUAAAGUGUGGCUAGUCAACCCUCA